AUGGGCGAAGACUUCUACCGCGAUUUUGACUUUGUUACCUUCGACGAUCCCACGUUGGGGAAGACCAACUACGUCGACCAGUGGACAGCGCGGAGCCGUGGACUAGCCUGGACGCGUGGGACGCAGUUCGGCAUGACAUGCGACACGUCCAGCAUUGUGCCUGACUCCCCCGGUGUACGGGGACGCGACUCCAUUCGCAUUCACUCCAAGGGAUGGUUUGGCGAGGUGCUUGUCGUCGCAGACAUUGCACACAUGCCGGACGGCUGUGGGACGUGGCCGGCCUUCUGGACCAACGGCUAUGGGCCUUGGCCGCAGGGAGGCGAGUUCGACAUUAUUGAGGGCACCAAUGGAGGUGGCAUGAACUCCGUCACACUUCACACGCCCACGGACAAGUGUCGGAUCCCCCAGAUCAAGGUCCCCGGCAUGAGCGACUAUUCAGGUCGAGUGCGCGGGAGAAUCUGCCAAGCUCCGGCUGGUUGCAGUAUCGAGGACCCCAACCCCAAGUCGUGGGCUGCGCCCUUCAACCAGAACGAUGGGGGUUGGUAUGUCAUGCGCCGCAACCGCGGCGGGUACAAGGUCUGGUUCUUCGAGCGCAAUGGCAACGUCCCAGCUUCUAUCCGCGAUGGUCAGAACCGCGUUGACGAAAACGAAUUGGGAACCCCCGUCGCCGACUUUCCCUUCUGGAACGGUGUGGCAGGAGAGUCGUGCAACUUCUCCGAGCUGUUCACCGACCACCAGCUAAUCAUCAACAUUGCUAUGGGCGGACACUGGGCUGCCAGCAACUUCCACAAGUUCGGCUGCAAAGGAGACAUUGUCGACCUCAUUCGCAAUCACCCGGAGAACUUCGCCGAAGCCUACUGGCUCAUCAAUAGCCUGAGGCUCUAC